AUGACUUCAUCCGUGGACUCCAACAACAUCUUCCGGGUGGAUGGCAUUGUGGCCGUUAUCACCGGUGGUGGCAGUGGAAUUGGCCUAAGUAUGACCCGUGCUCUGGCUACCAACGGUGCCCACAAGAUCUAUAUCCUGGGCCGUCGCCUAGAGGUUCUUGAGAAGGCUGCUGCCGAAUUUCCCGAUGUGAUCAUCCCCCACCAAGCCGAUGUGACCUCCAAGACGGAUCUUCAGGCAGCCGUGGACCGAAUCAAGUCGGAAGUUGGCUAUGUCAAUCUUGUUGUCCCCAAUUCUGGAAGCAUCGGACCCCCCGUACGAUUCAACCCUGCGGCCUCUCUGCCUGAAUUGCGUCAAUCCCUUUUCACCGAUUUCUUGAUGGAUGGCAUGAAUGACGCUCUCAAUCUCAACAUCACCGCUGCUUUCUUCACUAUGACUGCAUUCCUCGAAUUGCUCGACCUCGGAACGCAGAACGCCCUUAAGGGCGGGUUCGGCAAGCCCCUCAAGGAGGGCAGCGAUGUGCCCUCGAUCCAGAGCCAAGUCAUCUUCACCACGAGUAUCUCGGCCUUCAGCCGUCACUGGACCUCGUCGCCCCCGUAUUUGACCAGCAAAGUGGCCAUCAUGCAAGUGGCCAAGCAUGCCAGUUCCCAGCUGGCCCGGUUUGGCAUUCGUGUCAAUGCCAUUGCGCCUGGCAUCUACCCUUCGGAUCUGGCAGCCGUUCUCAUUUCAAGCCGCAAGCCCGAUGAGGAGGCCGCCCAUGAUGAUCGCUUCAUCCCAGCUCGCCGUUUUGGAGGUGAUGAGGAAAUGGCCGGUGCCAUUCUGUAUUUGACGAGUCGCGCGGGCAGCUACUCCAAUGGACUGAUCCUCACUACCGACGGUGGCCGCUUAUCAGUCAUGAACGCUACCUAUUAA